UAGUGAGGGCGCAAUUUUUAUUCUAGUCUUACCAUCUUUUAGUGUAAUAGACAUAUCUAGUCAAAGUGAAUUGGCUACUACAUCAAAAAGAAAUGGCAACGCUGGGUUCCGUUGCACCUGUGGAAUUACUAACUGCUGACAAUUGUAAUUCUUCAACUCGAAUUAGAGCCUUUUUACGACUUUCAAGAAUCGCCACCGAUGAUACAAUUAGGCAACAUUUAAAUUCUAUAAAGACAAAUAAAGAAUGUGAUGAAUAUUUUCAUGCUAAAAUAGUUCCUCAAUGGAAAGCUCGUAGUGAGGUGAUAACUUUCUGUGAUAAUUAUAUCACUGAUUUACGAAAUCAAACAGUAUCAGAGAUUCAACAACGGGGUCAUCCAGACGAAAUUAAGGAAUCAGAUUUUAAUUUACGACUUGAUCCUUACGCGUUAAAGUCAUAUAAGCAAAAGAUUGAGGAUCAAUUUGCUCAGUGCGACAGAAUCGAAGCGUGGGUAAGAAAUGAGCAAUCAGUAGAAACUAUUAUUCGUGAGCAAACUGAUCAAGUAUUAAAAAAUAAAUGUUACUAUAAGGAUUGGUUAGUUGAAUUUAAGAAGUGUAUAUAAAUGCAUUGUAUAUUGAUCAAGUCUUCUUUCUCACUUUAACUUCUACUUAAAUAU